AUGGUGUCCCGGGCCUACUAUCCCCCUCCGCCUCCACACCCUCACGACGGCGCGAGAUAUCUUCCCAGCCGCUCAUGCGCACCCUACUACUCGUACCCAGAACGUCGCUAUCAGCUCCCCUCUCACGACGCCCGGUCUAUGACCAUGACGGACUCACAGAGUGACGAAUCAACACCGCCGCGGAAGCGUAUCGCUGUUGCUUGUGGGCGAUGCCGCAAGCGCAAGAUACGUUGCAGCGGAGAUCCAGGUGGUGGACUACCGUGCGUCAACUGCAAGAAUGCUGGUGUUGAAGCGUGCCUUUUUCUUCGGGUCCAGUCUCAAGAGGCACCGAUGCGAGAGGACAGUCGCUACGACUACAACAUUGAUGUUUCUCGCACACUGGCUCAGCGCAGCGGGGGUCCUAUUGCGCACAUUAGCUCUUCAAUGGCCCAGUAUCCACAGGAAAUGCACCUUUUGAGCUCAGGGGGCAUUCCCACGUCUUAUAGGAGCAGUGGAUACACCAAUAUGAGCACGAAAGGCUACUAUUCUAUGGGCACAGACUGGGGAGAUGCGUACGGCGCAGACGGAGCUGUUGGCGACUACAGUCUGAGCGUGCCGCAGUACCAGGUGAUCAACAAUGACGCGUCGAAUAUUGUCCCGGGCUACGGACACUGGAGCACCCGCCAAAAGAGCAUUGGGCAAGGCGGCAGCGUAUACAUGGACUCCGAGUCCGGUUACCCAUACAGCACCGGAGCCAGCGCUGGUCUUGUCCACCGGCCAGCUGUAUCUGUGCCUGCCGACUCGUCCGCCUACUCUUUCUCCAGCAUUGCCGCAUCACUCCCUUCCACAGGAAACGAGCGCCUUCUCCCAAAUCCGGCAGCUGCUUCGCGAGCCAUGGGAAGCUCGUCUACUACCUACCGCGUCGAUGGUCUGCCUGCAGGGUAUGGCGGCACAAAGUCGAGCCAUGCGUCAGUUUCUGGCAGCCAGGCUUCACCAACGUCACCCAUCGCUGAUGUGACGGCGGCGGCUGCAGCUGUUGGGUACGCGAGCUCGUAUGACUAUACCUCAGUCGGGAGGGCUUCGCAACAGCAUGGAAGCAGCUCGUCAGAUGCGUACGGUUCCGUGUCAACAGGGAGCGGUGAGACCAUUUUUGGCGAGCAGGACCGCAGCGCCGCCUCCCAGGGGUCAGCCGUCGACCUUACUGGAUAUACAUACGGGGCCGCUAGCCCGGCAGACGCAUCGAGCCUACGGCGCGCUUCAUCCGGGUCCGGCUUGACGACUCGAUCUGCUGCGGAAAGCAGCAUCAGCACUGGUCUCAUCAUGCCUCUCCACGUCAUGCAAGUCACCACCACGCCCACCAGCAUCAGCUCCCUGGCGCACAUGCUGUGCCGGGUAGCACUACCUACGGGGAACUUUCCGGCGGCGGCAGCAACUCUAGCAACGGACGAGCUACCUUCGUUCGACAACCCCACCCCCUUACGCCUCCCACCGCUUCACCUCGUGUGCCUUGCCGCUACCGUUUUCUACGCUGCGUCUCUACGACCCGACAUGCAGUCCACCGUAGCGCAAGGCAGAGAGCUUAGGGGAAGGGGUGACCGAAGAGAGAAGCUGACAAUGGCAGACGCCCCUGGUCAACGGCCACAGGCGAAGCAGUGA